CAGGAAGAGACAAUCUUCAUCACCUCUCGCCAGAAGGGGGAUCUUCCAGGAGUCGAGUUGUCAUUUUUUUAGAUUUCAACUUCAUCUCUAUCCCGCGAUCCUUUCAUACCUUGUGUCGCUUCGAUACUCGUCGUGCGAUAGCUUUGAGGUUCCAUGCAGAGAUCGACGUGAAGUGACGCGACUCGACUUGACAUAUAGGCGUACAAAGAGAGGCUGUUCCAUCAACCAUCGCCAACAUGGCGUCUCUGCCCCCUCCUCCGCCUCCUGGAUGGGGAGCAGCUCCUCCUUCAAUGCCUCUGGCGCCUCCGCCGCCCGGAUAUCAGCCGCCAGCCGAUCCGAAGGUUGCGAAGUUUGCACAGAAGAAGAAUGAGUGGCUACGAUCGCAACGUAACCGGUUCGGAGAGAAGAGGAAAGGUGGCUUCGUCGAGACACAGAAGGCUGAUAUGCCACCGGAGCAUCUGCGGAAGAUUGUGAAAGAUAUCGGCGAUGUGUCGCAGAAGAAAUUCAGCAGCGACAAGCGCAGCUAUCUAGGUGCGCUGAAGUUCAUGCCUCAUGCGGUUCUGAAGCUGCUGGAGAAUAUGCCUAUGCCUUGGGAGUCUGCUAGGGAGGUCAAGGUCCUCUAUCAUGUCAACGGAUGUUUGACUUUGGUCAACGAGACUCCCAGGGUUAUCGAACCUGUCUUCCACGCCCAAUGGGCUACGAUGUGGGUGUGCAUGAGAAGAGAAAAGAGUGACAGGAGACAUUUCAAAAGAAUGCGCUUUCCGCCCUUUGAUGACGAGGAACCGCCACUCUCUUGGUCGGAAAACAUUGAGGAUGUUGAACCCUUGGAGCCAAUCCAGAUGGAACUCGAUGAGGAGGAGGAUGCCCCAGUCAUCGAAUGGUUCUACGAUCAGCGGCCGCUUCUCGACACGCCCCAUGUUAAUGGGCCCAGUUAUAAGAAGUGGAACUUGACACUACCCCAAAUGGCGACCCUUUAUCGUCUAAGUCACCAGCUAUUGAGUGAUGUGGUUGAUAAGAAUUAUUUCCACAUGUUCGACCUCAACAGUUUCCUUACUGCCAAAGCCCUCAAUGUCGCCAUUCCCGGAGGCCCGCGAUUCGAGCCCUUGUACAAGGAUAUUGAUCCUAAUGAUGAGGAUUUCGGCGAGUUCAAUGCUAUUGACCGCAUCAUCUUCCGUGCCCCGAUUAGAACGGAAUACAGGGUCGCCUUCCCAUAUCUCUAUAACUCCCUACCAAGAAGCGUAAAGCUCUCUUGGUACUCUUACCCUCAGGUCGCCUAUGUACGUUCUGAGGAUCCUAAUCUCCCAGCCUUCUAUUUUGAUCCUGUCAUCAACCCUAUUUCCUCCCGGUCUGUUGCACCCAAGAAUAUAACUGUCAGUCAUGAGGAUACGAUAUUCGGCCCGGGUAACAAUGAAGAUGAUAGCUUCGAGCUUCCAGGAGAAGUCGAGCCUUUCCUCGCCGAUGAAGAGCUUUAUACAAGCGACACGGCAUCGGCUAUCGCUCUUUGGUGGGCUCCAUACCCCUUCGACCGCCGCUCAGGCCGGAUGGUUCGGGCGCAGGAUGUGCCAUUGGUGAAGCAGUGGUAUCUGGAACAUUGUCCUCAAGGGCAGCCGGUCAAAGUCCGAGUGUCUUACCAGAAAUUGCUGAAGACCUACGUCCUUAAUGAGCUUCACAAGAAGAAACCCAAGGCGCAGAACAAGCAGAAUCUGCUCAGGACUUUAAAGUCCACGAAGUUCUUCCAGCAGACGACGAUCGACUGGGUUGAGGCAGGUCUUCAGGUCUGUCGACAGGGUUUCAAUAUGCUUAAUUUGUUGAUCCACCGCAAGAACUUGACUUAUCUACAUCUCGAUUACAACUUCAACCUGAAACCCGUGAAGACCCUUACGACCAAAGAACGCAAGAAGUCUCGUUUCGGAAAUGCCUUCCAUUUGAUGAGGGAAAUUCUUCGUCUUACGAAAUUGAUUGUCGAUGCCCAGGUUCAAUACCGCCUAGGAAACAUCGAUGCUUUCCAACUUGCCGAUGGAAUUCUCUAUGCUUUCAACCAUGUUGGACAGCUGACUGGUAUGUACCGCUACAAAUAUAAGUUGAUGCAUCAGAUUCGAUCGUGCAAGGAUCUGAAGCACUUGAUUUAUUACCGGUUCAACUCCGGCCCCGUCGGAAAGGGCCCCGGUUGUGGUUUCUGGGCCCCGGCUUGGCGGGUAUGGCUGUUCUUCAUGCGAGGUAUCAUACCACUUCUGGAGCGAUGGCUUGGAAACUUGCUCUCUCGUCAGUUUGAGGGUCGUCACAGUAAAGGUGUUGCGAAGACGGUGACUAAGCAGCGUGUCGAGUCACACUUCGACUUGGAGUUGAGGGCCUCGGUCAUGGCCGAUCUUAUGGACAUGAUGCCCGAGGGUAUCAAACAGAACAAAGUGAACACUGUUCUGCAGCAUCUCUCGGAAGCAUGGAGGUGCUGGAAGAGUAAUAUUCCUUGGAAGGUUCCUGGAUUGCCGGCACCCAUUGAGAAUAUUAUCCUUCGUUAUGUCAAGGCGAAGGCGGAUUGGUGGAUCUCAGUUGCCCACUAUAACCGUGAGAGAAUUCGCCGAGGAGCUACUGUUGACAAGACUGUUGCGAAGAAGAACCUAGGUCGCCUCACUCGUUUGUACCUAAAGGCGGAACAAGAGCGACAGCACAACUAUCUGAAGGACGGCCCUUAUGUUUCGUCUGAGGAAGCUGUCGCUAUUUACACUACGACUGUUCACUGGCUCGAGUCCAGGAAGUUCUCGCCGAUCCCUUUCCCUAGUGUUUCUUACAAACACGACACGAAGAUUUUGAUCCUUGCCCUCGAGCGUCUGCGUGAGGCGUACUCGGUGAAGGGUAGGUUGAAUCAGAGUCAGCGUGAAGAGCUUGCUCUCAUUGAGCAAGCUUACGACUCUCCGGGAACUACCUUGGCAAGAAUUAAGAGAUUCCUUCUUACCCAGAGAGCUUUCAAGGAAGUUGGUAUCGACAUGAACGACAACUACAGCAGUAUCAACCCAGUGUAUGAUGUCGAGCCUAUCGAAAAGAUCACUGAUGCUUACUUGGACCAGUAUCUCUGGUACCAGGCAGAGCAGCGUCAUCUUUUCCCAGCCUGGAUCAAACCUUCUGAUUCCGAGGUCCCUCCCCUUUUGGUGUACAAGUGGGCUCAAGGAAUCAACAAUUUGUCAAACGUCUGGGAGACGGCUGAUGGCGAGACCAAUGUCAUGAUCGAAACCGAAUUAUCAAAGGUCUAUGAGAAGAUCGAUCUUACCCUGUUGAACCGCCUUCUCCGUCUUAUCAUGGAUCACAAUCUGGCAGACUAUAUCACGUCCAAGAACAAUGUUCAGCUCAAUUACAAGGACAUGAAUCAUACCAACAGCUAUGGUCUCAUCCGUGGUCUGCAGUUCUCGGGCUUCGUCUUCCAGUACUAUGGCUUGGUCAUCGAUCUGCUGCUGCUCGGAUUACAACGAGCUAGUGAGAUUGCUGGUCCACCCCAGAGUCCUAACGAUUUCUUGCAGUUCAGGGACCGCGCAACUGAGACGAAGCAUCCCAUCCGUUUGUACACUCGUUAUAUCGACAAGAUCUGGGUGUUCUUCAGAUUCAGCGCAGAUGAAUCCAGGGAUCUUAUCCAGCGCUUCUUGACCGAGCAGCCUGAUCCCAAUUUCGAAAAUGUUAUUGGCUACAAAAAUAAGAAGUGCUGGCCUCGUGAUUCGAGAAUGCGCCUCAUGCGACACGACGUCAACCUUGGUCGCGCAGUCUUCUGGGAUCUAAAGAACCGCCUACCUAGAUCCAUCACUACCAUCGAGUGGGAUGACACUUUCGCCAGUGUCUAUAGCAAGGAUAACCCGAAUCUUCUGUUCUCGAUGUGUGGUUUUGAAGUCCGCAUCCUCCCGAAGAUCCGUAAUCAGAAUGAUGAGUUCCCGGUCAAGGACAGUGUGUGGUCUCUAGUCGAUAACACGACCAAAGAACGUACUGCCCACGCAUUCCUUCAGGUCACUGAAGAAGACAUCCAGAAAUUCAACAACCGUAUUCGACAGAUUCUUAUGUCUUCUGGAUCUACGACCUUCACCAAGAUAGCUAACAAGUGGAACACCGCUCUGAUCGCACUUUUCACCUACUACCGAGAGGCUGCCGUGUCCACUGUCAACCUCCUCGAUACUAUUGUCAAGUGCGAGACGAAGAUCCAGACUCGUGUGAAAAUUGGACUCAACUCCAAGAUGCCUUCGCGAUUCCCUCCUGCCGUGUUCUACACUCCUAAGGAACUUGGAGGUCUUGGUAUGAUUUCUGGUUCUCAUAUCCUUAUUCCGGCCAGCGACAAGCGCUGGUCGAAGCAGACAGAUACCGGCGUUACCCACUACCGAGCCGGUAUGUCGCAUGAUGAGGAGACGCUUAUUCCUAACAUCUUCCGUUAUAUCAUUCCGUGGGAGGCAGAGUUUAUCGACUCUCAGCGUGUCUGGAUGGAAUAUUCUCAGAAGCGCCAGGAAGCGAACCAGCAGAACAGGCGUUUGACGCUUGAAGAUUUGGAAGAUAGCUGGGACCGUGGUCUUCCACGUAUCAACACUCUGUUCCAGAAAGACCGCAGCACACUCAGUUUCGACAAGGGUUUCAGAGCUAGAACCGAGUUCAAGCAAUAUCAGCUGAUGAAGAGCAAUCCGUUCUGGUGGACAAGCCAGAGACAUGAUGGCAAGCUCUGGAACUUGAACGCUUACCGCACGGAUGUCAUCCAAGCCCUCGGUGGUGUAGAGACUAUCUUGGAACACACCCUAUUCAAGGCUACUGCAUUCCCGUCUUGGGAAGGAUUGUUCUGGGAGAGGGCGUCCGGUUUCGAAGAAUCAAUGAAGUUCAAGAAACUGACCAACGCUCAGAGAUCAGGUCUUAACCAGAUCCCCAAUCGUCGCUUCACCCUCUGGUGGUCGCCGACGAUCAAUCGUGCCAAUGUGUACGUUGGUUUCCAAGUGCAGCUCGACCUCACUGGUAUCUUCUUGCAUGGCAAGAUCCCCACACUGAAGAUUUCUCUGAUCCAAAUCUUCCGAGCUCAUUUGUGGCAGAAGAUCCACGAAUCGGUUGUCAUGGAUCUGUGUCAGGUGUUCGAUCAGGAAUUGGAACAACUCGGUAUAGAAGCUGUCCAAAAGGAGACCAUCCAUCCUCGUAAGUCGUACAAGAUGAAUAGUUCUUGUGCGGAUAUUCUGCUUUUCGCGACAAACAAGUGGAAUGUUACGAGACCGUCCCUGUUGUUCGACACGAAGGAUGUUAUCGAGCCCACAACCACCAACAAGUUCUGGGUUGAUGUGCAGCUAAGAUACGGUGAUUAUGACUCUCACGACAUCGAGCGCUAUGUUCGCGCGAAAUAUCUCGACUACACCACGGACAGUAUGAGCAUUUAUCCUUCGCCUACUGGUCUGAUGAUCGGCAUCGAUCUUGCCUACAACCUUUAUUCCGCUUAUGGACAAUACUUCCCUGGUCUCAAGGCUCUGAUUCAGCAGGCGAUGGCCAAGAUCAUGAAAGCGAAUCCAGCUCUAUAUGUCUUGAGGGAACGUAUCCGAAAGGGUCUUCAGCUCUAUGCCUCCGAGAGCAACCAGGAGUUCCUCAACUCUCAAAAUUACUCGGAGCUCUUUAGUCCCCAGAUUCAGCUGUUCAUCGAUGAUACCAAUGUCUACCGUGUAACAAUUCACAAGACAUUCGAAGGAAAUUUGACAACGAAGCCCAUUAACGGCGCUAUCUUCAUCUUCAAUCCUCGAACUGGUCAACUCUUCCUAAAGAUCAUCCACACUAGUGUCUGGGCUGGACAGAAGCGUCUUGGUCAGCUUGCUAAGUGGAAGACAGCUGAAGAAGUUGCGGCUCUUAUCCGUUCUUUGCCUGUCGAGGAACAACCUAAGCAGCUGAUUGUCACCCGGAAGGGUCUCCUUGAUCCUCUCGAGGUCCAUCUUCUGGAUUUCCCUAACAUCUCCAUUCGUGCCUCGGAAUUGCAGCUUCCUUUCCAGGCAGCGAUGAAGGUCGAAAAGCUCGCUGACAUGAUUCUUCGCGCGACUGAGCCUCAGAUGGUUCUUUUCAAUCUGUACGACGAAUGGCUCAAGUCUAUCUCACCAUACACGGCCUUCUCGAGAUUGAUCCUCAUCCUUCGUGCUUUGCAUGUGAACCCUGACAAGACCAAGAUUAUCCUCCGGCCCGACAAAACUGUCAUUACGCAGGAACACCACAUCUGGCCGACAUUGUCCGAUGAGGACUGGAUCAAGGUCGAAGUUCAGCUGCGUGAUCUGAUCCUCAACGAUUAUGGCAAGAAGAACAACGUCAAUGUCCAGAGUUUGACAAGCAGUGAAGUCAGGGAUAUUAUCCUUGGUAUGGAAAUUAGCGCGCCGUCUCUACAGCGCCAGCAGGCUGCGGAGAUCGAAAAGCAAGAACAGGAACAGAAGCAACUCACUGCUGUCACCACAAAGACACAGAAUGUCCGUGGCGAGGAAAUCAUCGUUACGACGACCUCUCAGUAUGAGCAGCAGUCGUUUGCUUCCAAGACGGAAUGGCGCACUCGUGCCAUUGCUACUUCUAAUCUUCGGACUCGUUCCAACAACAUCUAUAUCUCUUCUGAUGACGUUCGAGAAGAUGGAUUGUAUACAUACGUCAUGCCUAAGAACAUACUCAAGCGGUUCAUCACGAUCGCUGAUCUUCGGGUUCAAGUAGCAGGCUAUCUCUAUGGUACCUCGCCACCAGACAACGACCAAGUCAAGGAAGUGCGCACCAUUGUCAUGAUUCCACAAGUUGGUAAUACGCGCGAUGUUCAGCUACCGCAGCAGCUGCCCCAGCACGAUUACCUCAAGAAUAUGGAGCCUCUUGGAAUCAUCCACACAGUGUCUGGAAAUGAGCCCCCCUACAUGACCGCUAUGGAUGUUACCCAGCAUGCUCAUCUCAUGAACGCGCAUCCUUCUUGGGACAAGAAGACCGUAACGAUGGCCGUUUCGUUCACCCCCGGAUCCGUGUCUCUCUCCGCCUGGGCUCUCACGCCUGAAGGUUACAAGUGGGGCGCUGAGAAUAAGGAUACUACUUCGGAUCAGCCACAAGGGUUCUCUACGAGCAUGGGCCAGAAGUGUCAGCUCCUUCUCAGUGACAAGAUCCGUGGUUACUUCCUUGUCCCAGAAGACAAUGUUUGGAACUACAGCUUCAUGGGUAGCGCAUUCGGAAGUGUGGAGAAGAGACCGAUCUACGUCAAGAUAGAUACCCCGCUGCGUUUCUAUGAUGACCAGCAUCGUCCUUUGCAUUUCCAGAACUUUGCUGAGUUGGAGGAUAUUUGGGUCGACCGGACUGACAACUUUGCAUGAUAUAUUAUAAUUCUGGUCUGUUUGUGUUUUCUAUUACGGAUUACUCAGUGGCGUUUCCUUCAUAAUUUGGUGAUAUCGAAUACUCGUCUGAUGGGCAAAUGACUGUUUGGUUUGGAGGGAGUCAAGAACAAGUCUUUUGUACUUUUCUCUUUUUUCACGAAAGCCGGUUCUUGUAAAGUAGCCAUAUAUCAUGUAGCACGAAAAAAAUCAGCAUCU